AAAAGCAAUAGAGGAAGUAUUUUAAGAGUUUCUGCAAAACAAAAAAAACACUUUCACCGAUCACAUUUCUCUCUCUCUCUCUCUUGGUUCUCUUGUUUGCAUUCUCUUUCACCACUCACGUCUUUUUGCAAAGAAGAAAGCAUGGCUGCAGAGUUUGUGGGUGGAGCAGUUUUCUCUGCAUUCCUUCAGGUGGCGUUUGACAGAGUGGCCUCUCGUGACGUUGUCAACUUUCUCAAGCGAAGCAAAGUUAUUGAAGGAUUGGUGCGAAAGCUGAAGUUAGUGCUGAUAACUGCUGAUUCAGCACUCAGUGAUGCGGAGGAGAAGCAAUUUGAAUACCCAAAUGUGAAACGGUGGCUGAACGAGCUUAAAGAUGCUGUUUAUGUUGCGGAUGACCUCCUCGAUGAGAUUGCCACUGAAGCCUUACGAUCCAAGUCAGAAGCUGAAUUUCAAACCAGCACUAGUACGGUAUGGGACUUCUUAUCUGCUAAUUCAAUUGAUAUACAAUCGAAGCUAGAAAAAAUUCUGGAUAAUUUAGAAUAUAUUAUAAAACAAAAGGAUGUCCUUGGUCUUGUAGCUAGUGUUGCCCUGAAGGAUGCCCCUGGUCUUAAAGGUAUACAAUCAAGACCACUGACAACUUCUUGCCCUGAAGAAUAUGGUGUAUUUGGUAGAGACAAGGACAAGGAGGGGAUAUUUGAGAAGUUCCAAUCUAAUGGUGCAAGUGUUGAUGGGAUAUGUGUUGUUCCCAUAGUGGCUAUGGGUGGAGUUGGAAAAACAACUCUUGCUCGGUUUGUUUUCAAUGACAAAAGAAUAAAUGAGAGUUUUGAUCUCAAAGCUUGGGUUUGCGUUUCAGAAAAUUUUAAUAAUUUUAGGAUAGCAAAAACAAUUUUUGAGGAGGUCACUUCCUCUGCUUGUGACAAUCAAAACAUGAAUUUUCUGCAAAAUAAAAUUAGAGAGAAAUUCAUGGAGAAGAAAGUUUUCCUCGUUUUAGAUGAUGUUUGGAAUGAAAAAUAUGAUGAUUGGGUUGAGCUACUUAAAGUUUUCAGAUGUGGGGCAAAGGACAUUAAGAUCAUUGUUACUACACGGAGUACAAAAGUCGCAUCAAAUGUCCGCACUGUUGCAACUUUUUUUCUAAGAGAAUUAUCAGAUGAAGAAUGCUGGUCAUUGUUUAAAAAACACACAUUUAUAAAUGGAAAGGCUAGUGAUCCAAGUCUAGAGGAUAUUGGUAGGCAAAUUGUCCAGAAGUGUAAAGGCUUACCUUUAGCAGUAAAAACACUUGGUGGUUUGCUGCGUUGUGAGCAAGAUCCAAAGGAGUGGACAAUGAUUUUGAAAAGUGAUAUAUGGAAUUUAUCAGAAGAAAAAAGUAGCAUCCUUCCAGUUCUAAGAUUGAGCUACCACUACCUCCCAUCACAUUUGAAGCAAUGCUUUGCUUAUUGUUCCAUCCUUCCAAAGGAUUAUGAAUUUCAAAAAGAGGAGUUGGUCUUGUUGUGGAUGGCACAAGAUUUUUUACAGCAAUCCAAAGGAAAUGGGACGAUGGAAGAAAUAGGUGAACGGUACUUUGAUGAUCUUGUAUCUAGGUCACUUUUUCAACAAUCAAGUAUUAAUGAGUCACAUUUCAUACUGCAUGACCUAGUCAAUGACUUGGCAACAUCUAUAUCUGGAGAAUUUUGUGUUAGGCUGGAGGAAAAUGAUGAGUCGAAAGAAAUAACUGAAAAGGCACACCAUUUUUCAUAUCAAAAUAAAGGUCAAUUUGAUAACUCUAAGAAAUUUGAGUUCCUUUAUGAAGCAAAGGGUUUGCGAACCUUCUUGGGAGCAGAACCAUAUUGGUGGCGAGACUUUGACAAUGUAGAGAUGAUGAUGAUAGAUGAUUUGAUGGAGAAAUUUAAAACCUUACGGGUGUUAUCAUUGUCUAGCAAGCGAAUAAGGGAGUUGCCUGAUUCAAUUGAUAAUUUAAAGCACCUUCGUUAUUUGAAUAUUCGUGGCACUAGAAUUAGUCACUUACCUAAUUCUCUGUGUAACUUGUAUAAUUUGCAAACCUUGAUAUUGUCAUUGUACAUCACCAGGUUGCCUGCCAACACAAGUAAACUAAUCAACUUGUGCCACCUAGAUAAUAGUGAAGCCAAAAUGGAAGAGAUGCCACCGCAAAUAGGUAAAAUGAAAAAUCUCAUCAAAUUACUUGUUUUUGGUGUGGGCAAACAUGAUCAUGGGUCCAGUAUUAAAGAGUUGGGGGAGCUUCAUCAUCUUUCUGGAAAAUUGUCUUUAUUGAACUUGGAAAACGUUCAAUGCAUUAAUAAAGAUACUACAGAGGUUAUACUAAAGAACAAGCAAGAUUUAUCUAAGUUGAAGUUGGAAUGGAAAUAUCGUCACGGGGCUGAAGAUUCAGAAAAGGUAAGAAUUUUGCUUGAGCAAUUGUGUCCUCAUACAAACUUGAAUUCUCUUACCAUCACUAAUUAUGAGGGUACAAGCUUUCCAAAAUGGUUAGGAGACUCGUCAUUCUCUAAAAUGGUGUACAUAGAGCUUCGUAAUUGUGAUAAUUGCUUCUCCUUGCCUCCGCUUGGACAGCUACCUGACCUCAAGAGCCUUAAAAUUCAAUGUUUUGGUGGAAUAUCAAGCGUGGGCCCUGAGUUCUAUGGGAAUACAAUUAAGCCGUUCAGAGCGCUUGAGUGUUUAACAUUUGAAAAUAUGCCAGAGUGGCAGGAGUGGGUUAUAUUUGAAGGGGAAGUUUUCACUUGUCUUCGAGAACUAUAUAUUAAACAUUGUCCCAAACUUAGUGGGGGUCUGCCCGUUCAACUUCCCUCUUUGACCACACUUGAUAUUAGAAAGUGUGAGCAGCUUGUUGCUUCGCUUCCUAACUCUCCAGCUCUCCAUGCAUUAUUAUGCUCGGGGAAAAUACAAAUUCCAAAUGGUGACGACUAUCAAUCACUUAAAAGAGUGAACAUAAAGGGUGGCGUUUAUUCAAUUUUGCCCUUUCUACCAGAGUUUGCUUCCCUCUCUUUCUUGGCAUUCUCUGAGUGCCCUGAUUUAGUUUCCUUUCCCAGCGGAGGACUGUGCGCUCCAAAUUUGUCUGAGAUUGUAAUCUUUGAGUGCGAAAACUUAAAGUCACUGCCUGAAGGGAUGCACACCCUCCUCCCAUCUCUCGUUCAUUUAAGUCUGUGCCGGUGUCGAGAACUGGAAUCGUUUCCCGAGGGAGGUUUGCCCUCCAGCUUCGAAAGUCUUGCUAUAAACAGGUGCGACAAACUCAUUUCCCGUCGCAUGGAAUUGGGAUUGCAAGGUCUUCACUCUCUCAGAAGUUUCGAAAUUUGUGGUUAUGACAACGAAUUGGAGUCCUUUCCAGAGGAGGCGUUGCUGCCUCCUAAUCUUACCGAUUUCGGCAUCAGUUAUUUACCAAAUCUAAAAUCGCUCAAUGGUAAGGGGUUUCAACACCUUACCUCUCUUAAACGCUUGACUAUUCAGGGCUGCCAAAAUCUUGACUGCUUACUAGAAGACGUUUUGCCUACCUCUCUGUGUGAGCUAUUUACUUGGGAAUGCCCUUUGUUGAAAGAACGGUAUGGAAACGAGAAAGGGGAGGGCCGGGCCAAGAUUGCCCACAUUCCCAAUAUAACCAUAUAUUAUUGAACUAUGAGUCGAAGAACGUUUCUGCCCAGUGUUACUUUUACUUGUAAAUAACAAGUGCCUUACACACUGGCUGUCAAUUUCAUGCCACUGCUAGCUGCUGAUCCUUCUGCAUUGUGUAUGAAUUCCUAAAUGUCAAUUCUCCAAAAAAAAAAAAAAAAAAAAAAAACCUCCAAAAUAUCUGAUUAGUUUUCAAGUCACUGUAAAAGCUCAUCCUUUACUCUAAUUCUUGCCGGAGAUGCUCUUGCCUCAUUAUACAUUCGCUACAUUUCUACUUUGGACUUUUGAAAUACAAGACAAAGACUUUUGUAAAUGUUUAAACUAAGGGUCACAUUUACUUGUAAAUAACAUGUGCCUCACACAUCCGUUGUCAAUUUGUGCCACUACUAGCUACUGGUCCUUUUGCAUUGUAUAUAAAUUUCUAAAUCUCUUAUAUGUUUUCAAGUCACUAUGAAAUCUCAUCCUUUCGUUAAUUAAAGAAUCAUUUACUCUCAUUCUUGCUGGAGCUGCUUUUGCCUCAUUAUACUUUCAUUGCGUUUCUACUGUGCAGUUUUGAAGUGCAAGACAAAUACUUUUGAGGUAAACUAUGUGGCAGUUGAUGGCUAGUGCUACUUCUUUACCUUCUAACAGCCACUGAAUCACACUGAUCAAGUGUGGAGAGGGACUUACUCAGGCUUCCUCUUUGGAAUUGGUGGUAGAUGGGAAGAUGUGACGUCCCCUCUAGAGGAUAGGUUGCUGCAUUUGGUUCUUUUUUUCUUCCUUGCUUGAAAGAGCUCAAAAGGUUUAGCUAGCAUAUGACUGCUCUUGCUGUCCUCACCUGUUGGAGCUACCAUUACUACCAAGAAUUUUAAAUGCCCUAUUGUAUGACAAUGGUGCCAGAGGCAGAGGGGGGAAAGCUGGCUGAAAGAUUGCUGAGAUUCUUGUUUCAUGACAGAUCAAGUCCAGAGAUGCCCUGUGAUUGUUAGGGCUGGCUGAAGAACAGUGUCAUAAUUUUUUUCUGCCUUGAGAUCAAGCACUUUUUAGGUGUUGUCCUUUGUUGAAGGAAUGGUUCCAUUAAGAAGAAGGGCAAAGAAUGGCAAGAAUGCCCAUUUUCUUCAACAUAUUAAUUGAUGAUGAAGUGAUCAUGCGGCCUGAAGGGAUGCACACCCUCCUAUGUAAGAGAUGCUGUCAGAUGUUUUUCAACCAGAGGCUUUGGAUCACAAGAUUAUGCUACAGUUGACAUAUAGUUUUUGAACUAUGUGAUUUUCAACAUGCUCAUUCAUUGCCUUUUGUUUUGCAGGGUCAAUUUUACUUGUAAAUAAGUGCCUCACACACCCGCUACCAAUUUAUGCCACUACUAGCUAUUGGUCCCUUGCAUUGUACAUAAAUUCCUAAAUCUCUGAUAUAUUUUCAAGUCACUAUGAAAGCUCAUCCUUUUUUUUAAUUUGAGAAUCAUUUACUCUCAUUCUUGCUGGAGCUGCUCUUGCCUCAUUAUACUUUCAUUGCAUUUCUACUCUACACUUUUGAAGUGCAAGACAAAUAUUUUUGAGGGAAUGAUUAACCCAAGGUAAACUAUGUGAUGUUUGAUAGCUAGUGCUACUUCUUUACCCUCUAACAGUAGCUGAAAUGCACUGAUCAAGUGUGGAGAGGGACUUGCUCAGGCUUUCUCUUUGAAAUUUUGGAACCAGUGGUAGAUGGGAAGAUGUGAAGUUCCCUCCGGAGGAUAGGUUGCUGCUUUUGGUUCCUUUUCUCUUCCUAACUUGAAAGAGCUCAAAAGGUUCAGCAUGUGACUGCUCCUGCUGUCCUUACCUGUUGGGGCUACGACUAGCACCAAGAAUUUUGAAAUGUCCUAUUGUGUGACAAUGGUGCCAGAGGCAGAGGGGGGAAAGCUGGCCCAGGAUUGCUGAGAUGCUUGUUCCAUGACAGAUCAAAGUCUAGAGAUGCUCUGUGAUUGUUAGAAGGGAAAAAAGUGACACAAGAUUGAUCACAUCCCCUGCAUACAUAUAGAUGACUAAGUCGUUGUUGUACAGUUAGGACUGGCUGAAGAACAGUGUCAUAAUUUGAUUUUGCCUUGAGAUCAAGCACUUUUUAGGUUUUGUCCUUUGUUGAAGGAGUAGUUCCCGUUAGAAGAAGGGCAAAGAUUGGAGCAAAAAAUGCCUAUUUUUUCAAAAUAUUAAUGGAUGAUGAAGUGAUCAUACGGCUGAAAAGUGUACACCGUGUCCUUAUUCACCGUUUUAUUUUAAAGUCAGAUAUAAUAUGCUAUAAAUAGCCCUGUGAGAUUCAAGCUUGUGAUAUGAAAAUUAUUACCUUGCUUUCAAAAUCCAGGGUGACUUCCGCCAACCAACUCAAACUUCCUCAGCAACUAGCACUUUUGGUUGGCCUUGAGAGCAUUUAUUGAGCAAUGGAAAAAAUAACCACUGGUUGUCCUCAUUGUUAGCAUUGAAAUUUGAUUAAGAGGAAAUAAUUUCCUUUAAGAAAAAAUCAACACAUGAACAAGGCCAAUGUCCUGGCUUUCUCUGCUCACCACCAACAAAUGCCCUUAUUUGGCUGUGGACAGAUCUGUUUGUAUGUUAUUUCUGAUUAGUCCUAGAUGCAGCAAACACAGCCUGCAGGUGGACUGCCUGCGGAUGGGCAUUGGGCUCAUAAAGAAUCUUUGAGAUUUUGGAAAUGGCGGUGGUCGUGAAUAUUUGAAGUCCUUGCCAGAGGACAUGUUGCUACUUUUGUUUUUCCUCUUCCUAAAUACCAAUCAGCUCAUAGACUCAGCUAGUCACUCCUUUUGCCAAGGUUACUUUCAGUCACCGGUAGGAAGCGUCUAACUCGCUUUUUCACAUCAAGCAUUUUAUAGUCAUAUGCUGAGACAGUGGUGCCUGAAUGAGACAGGGAAAGCUGGCUGUUUACCCAAGAUUGCCCAGUUCCUGUUCCUUGAAAAAUCAAGGCAAUUCUUGAUUUUAGUAACAGUAAUUACUAAUAUGUUUUCUCCAACCAGAAGGUGCUCUGUGAUUGUUAGGUUCAUUCAAUUGAUUUAUUUGUUUAUAGACAUUCAAAGAUUUGUCUCAUGGUGUAAGCUUUGGACCUCUAUCAAACAUCUUUGCAAACUCUUCUCUCUAUGUACAAUUAUACAAUGAAGAGCAAUGGAGAGAGACUGGGGCCUUAGCACCUAGAUUUGAUAAAAA